AUGGAGAUUGCCCGAGUCAGGUCUUUGACUGGUGAAAGGUCUGGCUGGAUCAAGCGUGGUCGAGUGGCAGGCAAGCCUUACAAGAUUGAUCGGUUGGCUCCCAAGCGGAUCCCAUUCCUUGGAAAGGGAGCAGUCAAGAAGUUCAAUGAAUGCUCUCCUCCUAUCACGACCUUUCGGAAAUUGGCGGAGCUGACUGACAAGCGCAUUACCGCUUUGGCCAAGAAGAAGGUCGCUACCAAGGCAAACAUUUUGGCUUGGAGGAAGGCGGCACAAGAUGCUGAGGACGAACCAACAUCUUCGACUGAUCACCGCAAGGCAGCCAACCCAUACCAAUCCCGUUGGGGUGACGAAGAGCGGCUAGAAGGUUCUUCUGGAAUGUCGCGGUAUGUCUGUGUCACGACGAUGGUGGAGCACAUUUUCGAGGAAACGAAGGAGCAUAUGCAGGAGAUCCACGGAGAAGACUGCGAUGAUUGGUGGGUCUAUCACGAUGCUUUGUCGCUCAUGACUGCCACGACGACAAGGGCAUGGAUGGAGGAAAAGGGUUAUCUCAAGCAUUGGAUCUUGCCAGAGUGUGGCCUCAACACCCACACUCCCAAGCACAAGCAGUACUAUUCCAAAGCUCCAGUGGGAAACUCACCAGAGCUCAUGCCUUGGGACUGCAGUUUGAAUAAGGAUUUCGACGAUGCCAUCAGCCACCACAUCACGCAGACUCACCACUUGGCGGAGGAUCAUGAGUGCAAGUUCUCCUACACGACUCCAGUACGAGGAUCUUAUUGCUUGAGACGUGUCUACGAGUGCAAUCCAAGGAGUGAACGAAUCGUCCAGGAUGUCAACCGAUUCCCAAAACACCUUGUUCGUAUCAUGGAGUCAGAAGGAUGUGUCGUUCGGGAUAUUGGGAACAGCAAGAAGGAAGAAGAGAGCUUGAGGGGCUUGCGGUCUGGAAAGAGGGGCCUGGCUGCUGCGGCUGCUGAGGAAAAGGACGGUGUCAAGGUUGACAGGCGUGGUGGGCAAGAAAGGGAGCAUUGCGGCCUCUUUGGCUACUUAUGCUACUGGAGAGGAGGAGAUAAAGGAGAAGGAUGUGGAUGA